CUCCAAAUUGGUGAAGUGAAAUUAAAAAAAUAACUUGUUUACAAAAAUUCAGUGGAACGAUGGGCGAGUUAUUCUUGACUCUUUUUGGAGUUCCACCUUACAAAAGCAAACAACUAGUGGUCUUAUAGGGAUGCCAUAUUAGCCGACUGGCUACAUUUACAGACAUGAUGAACAAUGUGCAUUGUCCCUGCCUACUAAACCGAAUACAGUAAUAGAAGUACCAAAGGAAGUAAUAAAGAAAUGUUGCUUGUUCUCUCCCACUACAGCUGCAUCCUGGGCUUUGUGAGGAAGGAGAGGGCAAAGACCAUGCUGACUGGGAAGUGUCCAGGUACGUUCCUGCUGCGCUUCAGUGAGCUUAGCAGAGAUGGAGCCAUCACAUUCACUUGGGUGGAACACGACCUAUACGAUAAGCCUGUAUUCCAUGCGGUGGAGCCCUACACCAAGAAGAAGCUGACUGUCAUCUCUCUGCCUGACAUCAUCCGCACCUAUAAGGUGAUGGCAGCUGAGAACAUCCCAGAGAACCCACUCCGCUUCCUCUACCCAGACAUCCCCAAAGACAAGGCCUUCGGAAAGUACUACGCCAGGGCCUCAGAGGCAUCUAAGCCCAUGGACGUGAAGAGUCCCAUCGACACAGGAUACAUAAAGACAUUUUUCAUAUCAGUGUCAGAAGUUCACCCAAGUGGACCAGUGCUCCAUUGUUGGAGGGGAAGUCCUAAGGAUAUUGUUUGCUGCUGUGCAUCAGAGCCCAUGUACGUGGAGAGUCCAACCGGCACAGGAUACGUAAAGACAUUUUUCAUAUCAGUGUCAGAAGUUCACCCAUCUAGACUUCAAAACAAAAUGAUGCUCAUGCCGCCAGACGUGUUUGAAGAGCUGGAACGUCAACUCCAUUGUUGAAGUGGAAGUGGAUGUUAUUGCUGCUGUGGUAAAUGCAAUUUCCCCUCUGGUGCUUUACUGUGAUAAACAGUAAACUCAUUUGUACAAAUGUAGCCUGGCUGUACAGUAGGGGAGAUUGGGGUAUGUUGAGCAAUUUUUUACAUUCAGCAUUACUAUGUCAAGGAAAUGUACACUCUUAGAAGAAAGGGUUCCAAAAGGGUUAUGUGGCUGUCCCCAUAUGAGAACCCUUUUUUGUUCCAGGCAGAACCCUUUUUGGUUCCAAGUAGAACUUUGUUAGGUUCCAUGUAGCACCCUUUCUAUCCGGAUCCAAAAGGGUUCUAUCUGGAACCAAAAGGGGUUGUCAUGACUCUCAUGUGAUGGUCCCACGUGAGAAGCCUUAGAUCAGAAUACAGAGAAGCAACAGUCUACAGAUCUCUAUCUCUCUUUCCCACAGAACAAAGGAGGGAUUGAUAAGGGGAGGUUUUAUGACACCUCACGCCAAAUCCUAAAUGGUUUGCAGCAAAUGACUCCUUGUUGUUCCCUAGCAUUGGUGAUCUGAAUGUCUCUGGAACAGUAUAUUCCAUCAUACAAAUGUUGGGAAUGUCUAUUUUGUGAUGUCAUUAAAACCUUUAUAUAAACGUUAUAAUGAAAAUAUUGUAACUUGAAGAGCUUUCAUACUGUGCCUCUCAAGUUUGCAUCCGUUACAAUGUGUAGGAAAUAUCCAGGAGGAAGAUAAUAUUUUUGUAAAGAUAGGAAGAUGAUUUUGGUUCUCUAACGAAAUCAUAGUGUUCAUAAUACUUUGCCCCAGUAACUAGCCACGCCCACGGAAGCUCAGAAAGAGUGUCCGCAUGACGUAAACACCCUCUUUACCAGAAUGUAGAAAAGGUUGAGUUAAGAAUUAACAGAUUAGACUAGACAGACCUGAAGCUGCAGCUAGGUCUAUAUUGGUCCCGACCCUGAAAACCAACACACGGUUGAAGAAGACGAAGGAGCCUCUAAACAGUCAAUGCUACGGUUGAGAAAAUGUUCGAAGUACUGUAUCUAAGAAAGUGAAUUUAAGUAGGACCAUCCGGCUACUCUCUUCAAAUCAUUGUCAACGACACUGUUCUCAUCACCCAUCGACACGGAUCUUCUACACGGCUGAUUAGCCGUCCUCAGAAGAUCACCCUCCUAGUCCACAGACUACAGAACCAGACAACUAUCAUCCAGAACACGAGGAGAAGACCCCAUCGAGCCCUUUCCACGGAGGCCUGGGUCCAACAGAGUUACACGACCUCCAACACGUAAACAUAUGCAUUACUUCUUAUCAAACGGGCGGCAGUUCGGGGCAAGGUAUUAGGAUUACUGUGAGAGUAGUUCCCAAAUGAAUCCAAGUGUUGCUUCUCUUCCUCUCUCGCUUUCUCUCUUUCUUUAACUCUCCAUCUUUUGUAACAAGUGUAAUAUUGUGCUAGUCCGCUAGGGACCCGUUUUCAUUGUAUUAAAAAAGUUUCUAAAUCCCUAACCUAUACCAUGUAUGUGUUGUAUCUUGUGUUAUCAUUUUAAUUAGUUAGUAAAUAAAUAAUUAAAUCAA